GGCGUCAGCGUCGCGGAGCCGCUUCCUGUUGUCAGUGGCUGGAGGGCCGCGUCUGCUCCGGGGCUAGGAGGCUGCUGCGGGCGGAGGGACCUGUGCGGCUCCCGCUCCCGCUCCCUGUGCCCUUUAGGCAAGCCCAGUGCUCAGCGCAGAGCGUCCCCAGGGCUGCCCCCUUUCCAGCUCCCACACCUGCUCAGCUCCCCAGUGUCUCCUGAUCCCAGAGCACCCUAACCCUGCCCUCCUGGAAGACCUACCACCAAGAAGCCUCUCAGUUGCAGUCUGAGGGAGCCGGCUGACCGCUAGGAAGGACUGUGGCUGCCUCCAGUCGGGAGCAUGCUCAUCUGGCCACCAUCUGCCCCUGCAGGUGUCAUGUGAGUCUCGGCGGAGCUGCUCCUGAGCAGAAAUGCUCUCAGUGAUUGAAAAUGGACUGGACCCCCGGGCCACCAUCCCGGUCAUCAAGAAGAAGCUGGUAGGGUCUGUGAAGGCGCUGCAGAAGCAGUAUGUGUCCCUGGACGCAGCAGUCACAAGCGAAGAUGGAGAUGCCAACACCAUGUGCAGUGCCCUGGAGGCUGUGUUCAUCCAUGGCCUGCAUGCCAAGCACAUCCGUGCAGAGUCUGGAGGAAAAUGGAAGAAAAGUGCACACCAGAAGUCUCUGCCUCAGCCUGUCUUCUGGUCCCUCCUGAAAGCUGUCACCCACAAACACAUCAUCUCGGACCUAGAGCACCUGGCCUUUGUCAACACCGACGUGGGCCGCUGCCGGGCCUGGCUGCGGCUGGCCCUCAACGAUGGCCUGAUGGAGUGCUACCUGAAGCUGCUCCUCCAGGAGCAGGCGAGGCUGUGCGAGUAUUACCAGCCCACAGCGCUGCUGCGCGAUGCCGAGGAGGGCGAGUUCCUUCUGAGCUUCCUGCAGGGACUCACGUCCUUGUCCUUCGAGCUUUCCUACAAGUCUGCUAUCCUAAACGAGUGGACCCUUACCCCACUGGCCCUCUCGGGGCUUUACCCACUCUCGGAGCUUGACCCUCUCCCUACCUGUAGUGCAGAACUCCAGCGUAAAGAGUCUCUGGAUUCCAUUUCCCACUCCUCAGGCUCAGAAGACAUCGAAGUCCAGCACUCGGGCCAUAAGAUCCGGCGGAACAGGAAGCUCACAGCCUCCUCACUCAGCCUGGACACAGCCAGUUCCUCGCAGCUGUCAUGCAGCCUGAACUCUGAUAGCUGCCUGCUCCAAGAGAAUGGCUGCAAGAGCCCAGACCGCUCCGAGGAGCCCAUGUCCUACGACUCUGAUCUGGGAACAGCAAAUGCUGAUGAUUCUGACCAGUCCCUGCAAGAGUUUCUCUGUUUGGAAACUUCUAGGAUGUUGUCGGAAUUCAGCAAAGCCCAAGUAAACUCUGUGCCAAUCUACAGACCAAGCCAAGAGUCGGAAAUGCCCACGCUCCAGGCCCCAGUGUUCCUCCAUGACCUGGCCACCAGCACACACCUGCUUUCAGACAUGCCUGCAGAGUCCCUUCCUGCCUGCACGUCCUCUAGGACCCCGGGAGAUGACCCCAAGCAGGAGCCGCUGCCCCAGGCGCCUGACACCCGACACCUGCAGCAGCCAGCCACUGCCCAAGCCUGCCCUGAAGGAAGCACUUCGGGCCAGCAGCCUGCUGGUCCUGGGAGAGCUGUCGGCCAAGGGAGCAGCCUGCAGAAGACCCUGGAGGAUGGCAGAGUGGGGCUGAAACUUGUGGUCCCCUCCCCAACCAGUCCGAAAAGCAAGAGCUGGAUCUCCGAAGAUGACUUCUACCGGCCUCCCCAGGAGCCUCCUCCUGACAGUGCCAUGGCUGCUUCUAGAGGACUCCCGGAGCUGAGGACUGUUCUCCACCGGCACUGUUCUCAAGGACCAAGAAAGAGCUGCUCCCUGGGCGCCUUGGACAAAAUGUGUGUGCCCUCCCCGGGACACAGGAGCACCAUGGCAGCCCCGGUGCAGGAGCACAAGAACUUCAGGGUGGUGCACCGGCGGCAGAUGGGGCUGUCCAACCCAUUCCGGGGCCUCCUAAAGCUGGGCACAGUGUCACGGCGGGGGGCCAUGGGCAUCUGGAAAGAGCUCUUCUGUGAGCUGUCCCCAAUGGAGCUCCGCCUCUACCUGAGCGAUGAGGAGCGCACCUGCGUGGAGAGCUGCUCCCUGCUGCGCUGUGAGGCGGUGGGGCCAGCCCACGGUGAUGGCCGCUUCGAGCUGGUCUUUUCCAGCAAGAAACUGGCCCUGCGGGCCUCCUCCCAGGAUGAGGCAGAGGACUGGCUGGACCGGGUGCGAGAGGCCCUGCAGAAGUUCCGGCCACAGCAGGAGGAUGAGUGGGUGAACAUCCAGUACCCAGAGCAGCCCGAGGAGCCUGCUGAGGUCCCCCCGGGCAACCAUGCCUCUAACUCGGCCCUGCUCCCAGAGCCAGCUAUCUCCCAGAGCACACAGUGUGACUGGACAUCUGCCCAGGUUCCAGAGCCAGAUGCUAUCAAAGAGUCUCUUCUGUACCUGUAUGCAGACAGGACUUGGGUGCCCUAUAUUUUUUCCCUGUCCUUGGAAUCUCUGAAGUGCUUCCGUGUGAGGAAUAAUGAGAAGAUGCUGAGUGACAGCCAUGGAGUAGAGACCAUCAGAGAUGUCCUGCCGGACACAAGCCUCGGGGGUCCGGCCUUCUUCAAAAUCAUCACCGCCAAGGCCAUCCUGAAGCUGCAGGCUGGGAACGCCGAGGAGGCUGCUGUGUGGAGGGAUCUGGUCCGCAAGGUCUUAGCGUCCUACUUGGAGAUGGCUGAGGAAGCCGUGACACUUGGUGGGAGUCUGGAUGAAAGCUGUCAGGAGGUGCUGAAGUUCGCCACCCGGGAGAAUGGGUUCCUCCUGCAGUACCUGGUGGCCAUCCCCACGGAGAAGGGCUUGGACUCCCAGGGCUGCUUCUGUGCAGGCUGCUCCCGGCAGAUUGGAUUCUCCUUUGUACGACCCAAGCUCUGUGCCUUCUCUGGCCUCUAUUACUGUGACAUCUGCCACCAAGAUGAUGCCUCAGUGAUUCCAGCGAGGAUCAUCCACAACUGGGACCUCACUAAGCGCCCGAUCUGCCGGCAGGCCCUGAAGUUCCUGGCACAGAUCCAGGUGCAGCCCCUCGUCAACCUGCAGCUGGUGAACCCCUCGCUGUAUGAGCACGUGGAGCAGAUGGGCUUCAUCGGCCGGAGCCGGGAGCAGCUGAAGCUCCUGGGGGACUACCUGGGCCUGUGCCGCAGCGGAGCCCUCAAGGAGCUGAGCAAGAGGCUCGGAUACAGGCAUUAUCUCUUGGAGUCUCCCUAUAAGUUCAGUGUCACCGACCUGCAGCAGAUUGCAGAGGGGGUAUACGAAGGGUUCCUCAAGACCCUGAUCGAGUUCGCCUCCCAGCACGUCUACCACUGCGACCUGUGCACCCAGCGGGGCUUCAUCUGCCAGAUCUGCCACCACCAUGACAUCAUCUUCCCCUUUGAGUUUGACACCACAGUCAGUGCCCAGGCCAGCCCGUACCCCACCUGGCACAGCGGCCGGUCUCUCCCCAGGUGUGCUGAGUGCAAGACUGUCUUCCAUCAGAGCUGCCAAGCUGUGGUAAAAAAGGGCUGCCCCCGCUGUGCCCGCCGGCGCAAAUACCAGGAACAGAACAUUCUCUCCUAAAACUGGGUGGCAUCCUGGUCUGCCCUCAGCCUGGGCUCCUGUCUCACCAGCAUCACAGUGUCUCCCUCAUCAGGAAGACCCCGGGUGGGAGCAGGGCAGUGAUGCCCUUGGCACUCCCCCACCCCCUCCACACCCCCAGCUGGGGCCAGAAGACCUGCACCAGGCCCGGCCCGCUUCACGCCACAACCCUCCAUCGGGGCUGUGCAGACACUGUGGAAACGAGACUUGGGGACAUUUUCAAUUCCACGUUCCUGAUUAAAAGUUCUAGUUUUUUAAGAUUUUUUUUUCCCUCUUAUAUUUCAACAGAAAAUAUUUUUUUAUUCUUGAUCCUAAGCAAGUCACCCCAGAAAUCCAGGCCUUCUCACCCUGAGCAGAUGUGUGGGAGCCACUCGGCCUGGCAUGGGGCAGGCAGGUGGCCGGGCACAGCCACUGCCAUACAGACCUGCUGCCAAUGGAGGGGUCAGGGUCAGUCCUAGUAACCAUCGUCCUCCUGUCCUGCCUCUUCUUGGCUGCCUGCCCCGUGCUCCUCACCAAAGCCCCCCCUUCCUCAGCAUCAGCCCCCAGUUCUUCAUAGGUCUGGGGUGCUGGCCUUGGCAAGAAAAGGAGAAAUGACCCAAAACCAGCACUGUCAGCACUUUGAGCCUCCCUUGUUCAGGGAAGGCUGGCACCACCUACCCCUAACCCUGUGCCCUCCUCAUGCCCACAGAUGGCCAGGGCCACCUCAGGCAGCCUUAGGGGUCACACCCCCACCUGUCAACCUUGCCAGGGCAGACAAACCUGGGCAAGGAGCCCAGGCCAGAGCCAGCUGCAGGCCCCCCACUGGGGCGGUAACCUGUCCUCCUGAGCUGCACAGGGACAUGCAGAGAAGCUGCCCUGUGAAGGCCUGUGCAGCUCAGCGCUACGAAGCCAUGGGCUCACAAAGCCUCCUGGACGGGCCUAGCAGGGCACUGCCAGAGCCUGGAAAGUUCCCUGGAGCACGAUCACCUUUUGAAAGGGGUCGUGGAGCAGGAUGGGAGCCUGUACUGUUCUCAAGGUGAUGUUCAGACCAUGGAGGCAUGGGGGGCAGUGUGGGUGUGAGCUCUGCUGUUCCCUCCUCUCCUGCACCAGCAGGCCCCUCUGGCCACCCCACUUGCCUUCUCUUUGAGUUGGAGGCCUCAGGACGUGCACCUUUCACAGUCAGGAGGUGAGCCUUCGGGUGGGGAUACAGCCCGCUGUAGGGCCUUCACCUAGCAUACCCAGGGCCCUGGUUCCAUCCGGCACCCAAGGAAGCAAGGAAGGAAGGAGAGAUGAGCCUUCCCUGCCCUCCCUAUGGUGAUAGCUGCUGAGUCCCCUGCCCAGCCCCAGAGCUGGAGGAAUUGUGUGAUAGAGCCCAGGAGGCAGCAGGGAGGGGGCAGCCGCUGUAACACAUCCCCUCCGUCCUCAUGAUGUGCCCCGUGUCCCCAUGAGGGAAGAAGACGCCAAAGCCUCUGGAACCAGGGAGUGUCCCUCUCCCUCCCCACACCCACAGACACCCCAGCCGGGCAGGAGUUACCUGGGGUGAGCCUUGGGCCUGGGAGUGCUUCCCGGGUCCCCUGGGAGGCGGCAGGAGCAAGGCCUGGUUGGUGGGGCCUCCUCCCACCCUGCCACCAUGAGCGUCAAGCCAGCCCCCUCCCGUUCCCAAAAAGCUGCUAAUGCAGUGAGGUGCGUUGACUCUAACCCCAUAGCUCCAGAGCAGAGCUGCUGCAAGCUUCAGCGAUGCCCACACGUCUUCAGAUGUCACUGUAUGCAGUAAACUUGAACUGCUUGGCUGUGUAUUAAAGGAAUUGCUGCUGUGUGCUUUCGAAUGAUUGUGCAGUAAAGACCUGGUACUUCUCAUCUC